AUGAGACACUCGACCUCGCACCGCGCCACCUGUGCGCUCUAUCUGUCGCUGCUGGCAUAUCUGCCUUCUUCUGCCGCCCUACAUCACAUGAAGCGCGAGCUGCCCGACCAUGUUCGACGAGCCACCGCUGGGACCAAACCCCUCGUUGUUACGAACAAGUGCCCGGAAACCAUAUACCCGGCCUUUAUCACCCAAGAAGGCACUGGUCCAGCAAAGACGGGCUUUGAGCUGAAGACGGGUGCUCAAGGCCUAAAUCCUGUGACUCUGGCAGAAUUCACUUACGAUGGCGGCGACGGCCAGACCUACUACGACAUCUCGCUCGUCGAUGGCUACAAUCUUCCCAUGGGUAUUAUUAUGAACCCUGCUGGAACCGCCGAUCUCGAGAGCGUUUCGCAGAACUUGACCAAUCCUUCUUGCGAAGGCACGGCCAGCCAGCUGGCAGACUCAAGUUUCAAUCCCUACACCGGCUCAUCUCAAACCUUCCUCGGCACCAACAGCUCCACCCCACUGCCUUUCGACACCCAGGUCACCGAGAGCCAGGCUUCAAGGUGGUGUCCAUGGGUUUUGCAGGUGGACCCGCCGAGUAAGCCCGGAGACGGCGUUUACCCCUACCCGGACGACAACAUUCAGCGUCCUGCAUUCAACCCCUGCUAUUCGGCCUGCGCAAAGUGGAACAAGCCGUCGGAUUGCUGCGUCGGCAAGUACGACUCUCCGAGCACUUGCUCGGCGGGCGAGUACUCGCACGCUGCCAAGAAGGUUUGCCCGGAUGCGUACAGCUACGCGUUUGAUGAUCAAACUUCCACUUUCAUCAUUCCAGUUGGCGCCGGGUUUGAGGUCGUCUUUUGCCCCGGUGGUCGCUCCACCAACAUCUUGGCCAGCGAUCCCAAGUACUCCAACGCGCAGCAGUCGUCUGGACACGUUCCGCACAACAGACACAGAGUCGUGGGUUUGUUGCUCGCGAUGACCAUGAGCACUACUUUCUUCACAUGCUUCUUCUAA